AUGUUGGCCAAUAAAUCAAAUAAUUUGGCUAAUAAUAAUGAACAAAGGAUUCUCAUUUUUGACGAUAAAUCUCAAGCGCAUAAUAAUAGUACUAAAGAAACAAAUACUGAAAAUGGAAAUGUUAUUGAUG